AUGGCCAGACUGACGGAUAGAGAGGCGAGGAGGCAGCAGCAGCAGCAUCCCCCGCAGCAGCCGCCCCGAGCCUGCCCCAUGAGCGGCCCCGAGUCCCUUGCCCAGCAGUCAGACAGUAUGAAGGAUCUGGACGCCAUCAAAUUGUUCGUGGGGCAGAUACCCCGUAACCUGGAGGAGAAAGACCUCAAGCCUCUGUUCGAGCAGUUUGGCAAGAUCUACGAGCUCACCGUACUGAAAGACAGAUACACCGGCAUGCACAAGGGCUGUGCCUUCCUUACAUAUUGUGCCAGAGACUCUGCCAUUAAAGCACAGACAGCUCUCCACGAGCAAAAGACACUUCCAGGGAUGGCACGUCCUAUACAGGUGAAACCAGCAGACAGUGAGAGUCGUGGAGGUGAUCGCAAGCUAUUUGUGGGGAUGCUAAGCAAACAGCAGUCUGAAGAAGAGGUGACCAGCAUGUUCCAAGCAUUUGGUUCAAUUGAGGAAUGUUCUGUUCUACGAGGACCUGAUGGAAGCAGCAAGGGCUGUGCAUUUGUCAAGUUCUCAUCUCAUGCAGAAGCACAGGCAGCAAUACAUGCCUUACAUGGGAGCCAAACCAUGCCAGGAGCAUCAUCCAGCCUAGUGGUCAAAUUUGCAGACACAGACAAGGAACGGACUCUUCGUCGUAUGCAGCAAAUGGUUGGUCAGUUGGGCAUCUUCACUCCCUCCUUGGCACUGCCAAUUAGCCCCUAUAGCGCGUAUGCACAGGCGUUGAUGCAGCAGCAAACAACUGUUCUGUCCACCUCGCAUGGUAGUUAUUUGAGCCCCAGUGUGGCUUUCCCCCCUUGCCACAUUCAGCAGAUUGGAGCCGUAAACCUAAAUGGUCUCCAGGCCACACCCAUAACACAAGCAUCAGGAUUACAUUCUCCUCCAGUAAUUGGUACUGCAGCUGUUCCUGGCCUAGUUGCCCCAUUAACCAAUGGAUUUCCUGGCCUUGUACCAUUUCCCAGCAGCCAUCCAGCUCUGGAUACAAUUUACACUAAUAGCAUUGUACCAUAUCCAGCCCAGAGUCCUGCAUUGACAGUGGAGAGCUUACAUCCAUCCUUCACAGGGGUACAGCAGUAUUCAGCGAUUUAUCCAACCACAGCUCUUACCCCUGUCACACACAGCACCCCUCAGCCUCCUCCCAUCCUGCAGCAACGAGAAGGACCAGAGGGCUGCAAUCUCUUCAUCUACCACCUGCCACAGGAGUUUGGAGACAAUGAGCUGACACAAAUGUUUCUCCCAUUUGGAAACAUCAUCUCCUCCAAGGUGUUUAUGGACCGAGCUACCAACCAGAGCAAGUGUUUUGGUUUUGUCAGUUUUGAUAACCCGUCUAGUGCCCAGACAGCCAUCCAGGCCAUGAAUGGCUUCCAGAUAGGGAUGAAGAGGCUGAAAGUCCAGUUAAAGCGGCCCAAGGACACAACCCAGCCUUACUGA